CUGCCUCCAUUUCUCUCUCUCACUGGCGGGGGACGGCGUGCUGAUGCAAUGCGGGCCUCUCUGCUGUGACUGGGGAAGGAGGCGGAGGAGGGGAUGCUGCUCCUGCAGCCGCCUCGCUGCUGUCACUGUUACUCAGCCCUUCUGCUCCCUCCUCCUCCCCUGGAGGCAGUGCCGGCCGGUGGUGCUGGUGAUUAGGAAGCAGCGUCUCCUCCGAUGCUCUGCCAUCAUGGGCUCUGCCGCUCUGCUCCUGCUGCUGGUGGCUGUGCUGCUCCUCGGCGGGUCCUGGGGGUCCUACCUGCACAGCACGAAGCCUCCGCUCAACGAUAGACCAGUCAUUGGAGUAUUGGCACAAGAGACACACUUUCACAACCUGCUGCCACUUGGCCGUUCGUACAUUGCUGCAUCUUAUGUUAAGACUCUUGAAUCAGCUGGAGCAAGAGUUUACCCUAUAAGGAUCAAUCUCUCUGAGUCAGAGUAUGUGAAGAUCUUCAAUUCGAUUAAUGGGAUUCUCCUUCCAGGGGGUGACGUCGAUCUUCUAUUUUCUGAAUAUGCAAGAGUGUCCAAGAUAUUCUAUAACCUGGCCAUAGCGGCUUAUGGCCAUGGGGACUACUUUCCUAUAUGGGGAACAUGUUUGGGGUUUGAACAACUGACCGUUCUCACAAGCGGAGAACUCCUACUAACACUGACUGAUACAGAUGACAUAUCAUUGCCACUAAACUUUACUGCAGAUGCAUUUAGCAGCAAAUUAUUCCGAAAUAUUCCACGACCAUUAUAUAAGGCUCUCUCCAAUAUGCCUAUAACUGCAAACUUCCACUUCUGGAGUCUCUCUAUGCAGAAUUUUACAGAAAAUGAUAAACUGAGAAAUUUCUAUCAUGUUUUAUCUACAAACUCUGAUGGUACAUUGGAAUUUAUAUCUACGUUUGAAGCCCGUAAUUAUCCAAUUUAUGGAGUCCAGUGGCACCCUGAAAAAAAUCCAUUUGAAUGGAAGAAAACCGCAGAUAUAUCACAUACAGCUGAGGCUGUGUAUGCAGCUUAUUAUAUGGCUGAAUUCUUUGUUAAAGAAGCCAAGAAAAGUCAGCAUCAGUUCUCUGAGGAAGAAGAAAAAGAACAUCCAUUAAUUUAUAAUUACUGCCCAUUGUACACUGGAAACAUAUCUGUCUUUGAGCAAAUGUAUUUCUUUUAAAGCUUUGACAGUGUGCAUAUAAUGUGGUGCAGCCUGUUGUGAGGACGUAUUAUUGCUCAGCACUUGGUGUUAUUUGCAGCUAAUGCAAAAGCCUACAAAGCGCACAAUUCACUUUUCCUACUAAUUCGGUUCUAUUUACUAUAUAGUCACCAUUGACAUUCUUAUUUUAACAGAGUGAAAUGAUGAUUUGAAAGGUCAAGCUAUAUGUGUUACAGAUAUGGACCAGUAAUGGGAACACUGAAUGUAAAAAUGUAUUUAACAUACGCAUUGUAGGGGAGUGUUCUAUCUCCUACUGAAUGUAUUUCCUGUGUCACUCCUACAAGGGUCUUGUUGCCAUUAAAUGUUGACUUGUCACUUCA